AACAAUGCACCUGGGAGACAUGCACAGACACCGUUCUAUGAUACACUCAAAAUGAUCUCUCACAAUGCAUUUUAAAGUGGGAUAUGAGUUGUAUGUUUGUUGCAAGUACACAUACUGUUACAAGAGGGAGAUCUGAGUUUUCAUUACAUAUCCUGACAUAGGAGAGAGUCCAAGAGCGGAAUCACCACAAAGACACCAGAGUUGGCAGGACAGUGUGCAGCAAUGGAGACAGAACUGAGGAUUGUGCUCAUUGGGGCGCGCUGGUCUGGCAAGAGCUCGACAGGAAACACCAUCAUGGGGGGUCCAAGGUUCGAGUGUGGCAGAGCCAGGACCCUGCAGUGUGAGGUCAGGAGUGGCACCGUAUCUGGACGCCACCUCACUGUGGUGGACGUGCCUGGCUGGAGUUAUUUCUCCAUCAUGGAGACCUCGGAGGCCUGCAAGCAGAACUUUAAACUCAGUCUCACCAAUUGUCUUCCUGGGCCUCAUGUUUUUCUUCUGGUCAUUCCAUUGGACAUGGCCUUCAACAAAGAGCAGGGUCAGUAUGUGCAAGAGUACCUGAGUCUUCUGGGAGAUCAUGUGUGGAGACAUGUAGUGGUGGUCUUCACCUGUUGGGACUACCUGGGUAAGGAGACCACGAUUAAUGAUCAUAUUGAGAGCGAAGGGGAGGCUCUCAAGAAAGUUCUAGAGAAAUGUGAAAACAGGUUUCAGGUGUUUGUCAACAAGAACAGCAAGAACCACCCUGAUCAGGUGCCAGAGCUACUCAGCAAGAUUGAGGAACUUGUGAAGAUGAAUGCUGGUGGGUUCUACAGGGCAGAUGAGAAGAUCCUGCAGGCCAUUACUGAGAAGAGGAAACUGGCAGCAGAGAGGGCAUCACAGAGGAAGAUAGAGAGUGAUAAACAAAGGGAGACACAGAGACAGCUUCUGAGAGAAUUUGAGAAAGAUCAACCAAUCGCAGAACUUAGGGUGGUUGUUUUAGGAAGUCGGAACGUCGGAAAGAGCUCCACUCUGAACACAAUCCUUGGAGAGAAAGUCCAUGAGUCUGGGAAGAGAACAACCAGUUCAAUGAUGCAUGAGGGCUAUACGGACCAAACCCCAAUAAAGGUUGUGGACACUCCUGGCUGGUGGAGGAGCUUCAAUGUCCAGGACACCACUGAGUGUGUUAAACAGGAAGUGAUUUGUAGUGCUUUCCUUUGCUCUCCAUGGCCUCAUGUGUUCCUGUUGGUCAUUGAUGCAGAUGCAUCCUUUACUGAAAAGCAACUUGAAGCAGUGGAGAGCCACCUUCAGUUACUAGGAGGAGAUCUCUGGAGACAUGUGAUUGUGGUGUUUUCCAGAGGUGACUGUUUGAGGGAGGAAACCAUUGAGGAGCACAUCGAAGUGGAAGGAGCAGCGCUCACAGCCCUGGUCAACAAGUGUGGGAACCGCUACCAUGUUUUGGAUAAUAAAAGCAUGGAUGUUGGUAACCAAGUCACCGAACUGCUUGAGAAGAUGAAGGGGCUUGUUGCUAUGAACCGUCAGGAGUUUUUUAGAUGCGAUGAGAAUUUGUUUAAGGUCAUCGAGGAGAAACAGAGUUUUGUGAAGAAUUACAGCAGGAAGAAAACUGAAGAAAUCAGAAUACAGAGAGAAAAAGUAUCGGGGACACCACUGAGCGAGAUCCGUGUGGUUUUGCUGGGACAGAAGACGGUGGGAAAGACUGCCUCUGGAAACACAAUCCUUGGUCACGGUCGCCUGCCCACCUGUUUCAACACCAACACCAAUAGCGCCACAGCAGACGUUGCUGGCAAGAAGAUUGUUGUGGUGGACACCCUCGGCUGGAGUAAAAAUAGAGAUAGUUGCACUAUAGAGCAGGAUAAAGAAAUUGUCCGAGGCCUCACAUUCUGCCCUCCUGGACCUCAUGCUUUUCUGCUCAUCCUGCCUGUAGACAUGGCUUUCACACGUCAACAGCAGAGGGCGCUAGAGAACCAUAUGAUCUUGUUUGGUGAGGAUGUUUGGAAAUACACUUUGGUGGUAUUUUCUUAUGGUGACCAGCUUGGGGACCGGACCAUUGAAGAACACAUCAUGAUGGAGGGCCCUGCCCUGCAGAAGCUGGUGGAGAGAUGUGGCAACAGGUAUCACGUCCUCAACAACAAGAACAAGAGUGAAAGCAAUAUGGUCCCUGAGCUGCUGAAGAAGAUCGAGGAGAUGGUGGUCAUUAAUGAAGGCAAACACUACAUUCCAAACAUGACAGAGGUCAACCAAAGGGUAGAGGAGAAGUUUGAGAAGAGAGAAAUUAAUGUCUGUCUGGAGGUAAAAUGGAAGAAACGAGAGGUAGAGAUAUAUGAUGAGUUCAAAGAUUACCUCUCCAGACUGCUGACGGAUCUGAGAGAAGCAGAGGGCUCUGAACUUGACGCUUCUAACAUGAGCCUCCAACCCGAACCUGCAAACCAACGGUUUUGGAGUCAAGCCAGGAGUGAGAAGAUCGAAGAGGUGAAGAAAAAUAUCAGUGAGAAAAUAGGCAGACUAGAGAUGGAGAUGCAGAAAUCCAAUUUUCUUGGUUCCAAGUUGAAUGCCAGUUUGGACGUAUUUCAACCAGAUAUGAGUGGAAGUACCAGGACAUUAUCAGAACCCAGCCCAAGACCCAGACCCAAGGGCAAGUUUAAGGAGGUGCUGGCCUGGUUGUCCACAAUGAAGAUUGAAAGGGAAGAUCCCCCCACCCUCUACUCUCAGGCCUCAUCAGGCUACCGGUCCAACCUGUCAGAUAUAUUCUCAAUCAGUGAAGAAACAUGACAUGCUGAAAAGCUGAGAGA